AUGAGUGGUGGCGACAGCUCCACGAGAGCGGGUCGCCCCCCUCGCCCGCCGGAUCCUCCGGACGAUUCUUCUUCCCUGCGGGAUGUAGCUGUCUCAGGAUGUCUCGAUCCGCCUCCAGAACCAGCUCAUUCCGCGGAGGAGCUCGAAUCGGUCCCUAUGACCAGUGACAUGACCAUGGACGAAACCAGUGAUGACUCUAAUGAGCCUACUCAUGCCCGUGAUCUGACAGCGGCCGGCCGUUCUACUGCAGUAUGGACACCAGCGGGGGUUGCACGGCUGCGGGGUAUUGGUGUUGCUCCCGCUACCGCCACAGUAGCCGAAGCUACGGUCGAGCAGAGGCUGUUCCACAUCGCAACGAAGGAUUACCCGCUUUACGACGAUGACUCCUCUCUUCGACCGAUGACCUCGGAUGAACGGACCGCGUUGAGUGCCUACGUGGAACGCCGUCUUGACCUUCCGGGCCCGCCCACCUUUCUCGUAUGCACCACACCAGGUUUGCAAAGAGCCGCUAUGAUGGCUUAUCACCAGUUUCAGGUCGAAGGGACGUUGAUAGCUGACGUUCCGGCGAGGGCUCGGCUAGGCAAAUCGCUCCACCGUCGGUCUAUCCUACGCGAGAUCAGUGCGGCCCAUGCAAGGAAUGAGGGAGACAGGAUCAAGAUGCGGCUUUUUGUCCUAGCAGCACAACGGGUAGUCUUUGACGGCAACCACACUUUAUCAUUUGUCUUCAUGUCUAAGCGUGCAGCCGCUGUUUGGGCCAACACGGAGCUCAGACAACGUGAUUGUACCAUCACCUUGCGGUCGGCUGAAACGACAUCCCAGGAACAAGACGCUACCACAGGUGGCAAGACACUAUGCUUUAAAAGUACUUGGGACCGAGGGGUUAGAUCCGAUCUUGCUGCAUACCGUGUUUAG